AUGUCUCAGCAAAUGCAUAACCCCAGUAUCAGGAGAAAAUUGGUGAUCGUCGGAGAUGGUGCAUGCGGGAAAACAUGUCUUUUGAUUGUGUUUGCCAAGGGAAAGUUCCCACAGGUGUAUGUUCCUACGGUUUUCGACAACUACGUUGCAGAUGUGGAGGUAGACGGCAGACGGGUGGAGCUUGCGCUUUGGGAUACGGCUGGGCAGGAGGAUUACGACAGGCUACGGCCGUUAUCGUACCCAGACUCCAAUGUUGUGUUGAUCUGCUACUCGAUUGACCUACCAGACUCGUUGGAGAACGUGAUGGAGAAGUGGAUCAGCGAGGUGCUAUACUUCUGCCAGGGUGUUCCGAUCAUCUUGGUGGGGUGCAAGGCUGACUUGCGGAACGAUCCGCAAGUGAUCGAGCAGUUGAGACAGCAGGGACAGCAGCCUGUCUCGCAGGCUCAGGCGCAGGAGGUAGCGGACCAGAUCGGCGCGGUAGAGUACAUUGAGUGCUCUGCAAAGACCGGCUUUGGUGUGCGCGAGGUGUUUGAGGCGGCCACGCGUGCUUCCUUGAUGGGGAAACAAGGCAAGUCUAAGGCGAAGUCUGACAAGAAGAAGAAGAAAAAGUGUGUGGUCUUGUAG